UUUAGUAUCUAUGUGGUAGAUAGAACGUAGAAAACAACGGCCGGCCAUCUUUGAGGCAGUCUAGUUCCCUGAAACAUUGUGACGGAGAACCAGUUCUAUUGCGGUUUUCUAAUUUUUACUGACCAGGGACUGAUUGAGACAUGGGACACCAGGUGGGUGUCAUUCAUGAUAAAGUAGAACAUAAAACCAUAAGAAUCCGGACCUGGUAGAUAGAGUACGAAUGGAAUAUCCCCGUUUGAGGUAUUUCAUGCUAGUUCAGUACAACGGCAGCUAGCCAGCUACAUCAUAAGUACGUUGUGUAGGAUCAGUAGCUAGUCACCUAGCUUUUACUGACUGUAUUAUUUCAAGAAAUUGAGUCGGAGCCUUUUAUAUCGUCCCCUAAGUGAUCGGAACGUUGUUAUCAAUCGUCUCAUACUACCUACCACUCGAUAUGAAAAUUCUGCGAAUGUAAAAGGUUUCAAAUUACUGACACUCCCUGUACAUCUGAGCAAAGGAGAAACCUUGCCCUUUUCAGCUGUUUUUGGGUCUCUGUGUCCCUCCUGAAGCUUUGGAAUGGGCAGUCAUUUCCGAAGUUACAUCUGGGACCCGGUCCUUAUUGUAUCUCAGAUUGUGUUGAUGCAGUGCAUCUACUACAGCUUUCUGGGUCUGUGGCUUGCUGGAGUGGAUGGUCUGGUACAAACCAACAGAUCACUUGACCAGAUCUUCAGUUAUGAGGUUCUUGGAUUUGCAACAAUUCAGGGCAGGCUAUCAAUGAUGGCAUUCAUCUUGAAUGCACUUACCUGUGCCCUCGGCCUAUGGUUCUUCAUCCGCAGAGGGAAGCAAUGCCUGGACUUCACAGUCACCGUGCAUUUCUUCCACAUGAUUGGCUGUUGGAUCUACAACGCCCACCUGCCAGCGGCCCUCUCCUGGUGGUUGGUCAAUGUGGCCUGCAUGGCUCUGAUGGCUGUGAUCGGAGAGUACCUGUGCAUGCGGACUGAGCUCAGGGCCAUUCCAGUCAACAGUGGACCUAAGUCUAACCUUUGACCUCCACCUGACCUCACCCUGUGACACUGGCUCAUCCUCUGAACUGUUCACUGACAGGAAUCAGCUCGGGAAGUAUAUGGGACAUUUGUGCCUGAACAGUUGGUGGGACUCUGGAAGCAAGCCACCAUAAUGCCGUUGUGGGAUCUAGAGACAGAUAUGCUUGGAGUUAGAAGGCUUCACACCACAAUGGAUUCAAGGACUUGGAAAUUAGGUUCUGGUUGCUGAAUUUAUCUGUGAACAUGUACUACUUUUCUGUCUAACUGUCCAUGCUAACUUGUUCCUUAACCCACUACUGUAAUCCUUUGACAAAAGUUGAAGCAAAGUUGAGUGUUGCAAAAAUCUUAAUGCUUUCAUGGUUUUAUGACAUGAUGAAUGUGGAUAAAUGGUUGUCAUGCACAUGC